CCUUUUAGUCGAAUCAAAUUUUAAAUUUCAGCGCGCGCUCCUGAUCCAAACGAGAGAGCCGGAGGAGCAGAUAACCCGCUUCAUCGUCAACAGUCAGUCUCUACCUUAUUAACAAAUCCCUGGGAAAAUAGCAGAAUGUCUGAAGAAAAGCCUAAAGAAGGGGUAAAGACGGAGAACGACCACAUCAACCUUAAGGUAGCUGGGCAGGAUGGGUCAGUCGUACAGUUCAAAAUCAAGAGGCACACUCCGCUCAGCAAACUAAUGAAGGCAUACUGCGAAAGACAGGGAUUGUCAAUUCGUCAGAUAAGGUUUAGGUUUGAUGGACAGCCAAUUAAUGAAACAGACACACCUGCACAGCUGGAGAUGGAGGAUGAAGACACUAUUGACGUAUUUCAACAACAGACAGGAGGCGUCUGUUCUUAAAUGGGUUGUGGACUCUACUCUUGGACGAACAUCCACACAAUUUUUUCAUGUUGUAUUUGUUUAUUUUAUUUCUGUUUUGAUUUGUUUUUUGUUGUUUUUUUUUUUAUUCUUUUGCUGUGCUUUGCUAAAUGUCAGGCUGCUCACAACAUGAAAGAAGAUUAUUUUUCAUUGGAAGCCAAAUCAUGACUUUGAGAUGCAGGGUAAUGUUUUUUAUGUUUCACAUAAAUGGAUGAUAUAGAAAUUGUCCGAGGAAGGGACACAUCUCAAAUCAGAUAUGGCUUGUAAUGUCUUCUCUUGAUGUUGAGAUGACAUCCUGCAUGUUUAAAAAAUCAUAAGCUGAAGUACAUGCCAAAAUCUUUUUUUUUUUCUUCUUAUUUUUAUUUUUUUCCUCUUUUGAUGUUUUCCUGAUUGUUGUAAGCAUUCAAAUUCAGGGUGGGCUCAUUUUAAUUCAUGUACUGGAUAAAAACUGCUGCAUGGGAGCCACAGGUUAAUCUCUCCAUAAAUGGGAAAGGCAUUAUGACAUUUUUCAAAUUUUUAGUAGUCUUUUUUUUUUUUUUUUUUAAAGGAACAUUUAAAAUAAUUUCAUGUAUCCAUGCCCAUUUUAAAUGCUUGUGUCAAGAAAGAUCCAUAUGAAUGGUUUACCUCAGUACUGUCACACUCAACUCAAAUUUAACUGAAUAGUAAAUAAAGUACGGUAAUGUUUCUGGACCAAAAAUGCUUAAUGAAUAGUGUUCUUUUAUAAAAGAGUUUGGUUAACAUAUAAGCUGUUGAUGUAAAAGGUUACUGUGACUUUGCAACAGUGGUCUUUUCCCACCUCUUCAGAACCUUAGAAUAUACAGUAAACGUGUCACCUUUAGCAGUCCAGAAAUUAAUGAGUGUCUCAUCUAAAGUUAUAUAUUUCAGUGUAUAAGUAUUGAUUCAAUGCUGUGUCGCCAGUUUGAAUACAUUUGUCUAAAGUUUAUCCAUAUUAUCAACAGAUUAGUUUGUUGGGCUUGUGUGUUGGUAGAAACCCUGUUUUGUAAGAAUGUCCACCUUCAUUUUAAAAGUUAACAUUUGUUAGAUUUGCAAGGUGACAUUGGCAGAUAUUUCACUUUUUUUUCUUUUGUACAUUAUUUGUUGUCCCUAUACUGUAUGCAAUAAAUAUAGUUUGAUACUCA